GUGAACUUUGACCUGGGUUCUCCGCAGCGUGUCGCGUUUACCACGCCCGCCCCCGGAGUGAAAGAGGCGGGCUUUGGCCAUUUGCCCUAGGGAGUGAGCGCGAAGGGUGUGCGAGUGAGAAGAACCUGAGUUGAAGCGUCUGGCUUCCUGGGGAGGCCCUGCCGUAUCGCUCUGCCGCCCAUGAACUCGUUCUCCCCGCGAGCAGCGCCGUCGUUAGGCGGGUAACGUAGCCUCCAUUUUUCCCGAGACAGGCCCUCGCCUCGCCGGGGAGGGGGCAGCCCACUGAGGCGCCUCCCUAGUCCGCGUCGGCGUCGCGCUGCGACCCUGGAAGCGGGAGCCGCCGCAAUCGAGAGGAGGAGCCCCAGCAGCAGCGGCGGCGGGUAACAGCACCAGCAGCGCCAGCGGGCGGGAUCGCGGCCGUCAACAUGGCGAGCGCCUCGUACCAUAUUUCCAAUUUGCUGGAGAAAAUGACAUCCAGCGACAAGGACUUUAGGUUUAUGGCUACAAAUGAUUUGAUGACAGAAUUGCAGAAAGAUUCCAUCAAAUUGGAUGAUGAUAGUGAACGAAAAGUGGUAAAAAUGAUUUUGAAAUUACUGGAAGAUAAAAAUGGAGAGGUACAGAAUUUAGCUGUCAAAUGCCUUGGACCUCUAGUGAGUAAAGUCAAAGAGUAUCAAGUAGAAACAAUUGUAGAUACCCUCUGUACUAAUAUGCUUUCUGAUAAAGAACAACUUCGGGAUAUUUCAAGUAUUGGCCUUAAAACAGUAAUUGGAGAACUUCCUCCAGCUUCCAGUGGCUCUGCAUUAGCUGCUAAUGUAUGUAAAAAGAUUACUGGGCGUCUUACCAGUGCAAUAGCAAAGCAAGAAGAUGUCUCUGUUCAACUAGAAGCCUUGGAUAUUAUGGCUGAUAUGUUGAGCAGGCAAGGAGGACUUCUUGUUAAUUUCCAUCCUUCAAUUCUGACCUGUCUACUCCCCCAGUUGACCAGCCCUAGACUUGCAGUGAGGAAAAGAACUAUUAUUGCUCUUGGCCACCUGGUUAUGAGCUGUGGAAAUAUAGUUUUUGUAGAUCUCAUUGAACAUCUGUUGUCAGAGCUUUCUAAAAAUGAUUCCAUGUCAACAACAAGAACCUACAUACAAUGCAUUGCUGCUAUUAGUAGGCAAGCUGGUCAUAGAAUAGGUGAAUAUCUUGAGAAGAUAAUUCCAUUGGUGGUAAAAUUUUGUAAUGUAGAUGAUGAUGAAUUACGAGAAUACUGCAUUCAAGCCUUUGAAUCAUUUGUGAGACGAUGUCCUAAGGAAGUAUAUCCUCAUGUUUCUACCAUAAUAAAUAUUUGUCUGAAAUACCUUACUUAUGACCCAAAUUAUAAUUAUGAUGAUGAAGAUGAAGAUGAAAAUGCUAUGGAUGCUGAUGGUGGUGAUGAUGAUGAUCAAGGGAGUGAUGAUGAAUACAGUGAUGAUGAUGACAUGAGUUGGAAAGUGAGACGAGCAGCUGCUAAGUGCUUAGAUGCCGUAGUUAGCACUAGACAUGAAAUGCUUCCAGAAUUCUACAAGACUGUUUCUCCUGCACUCAUAUCAAGAUUUAAAGAGCGUGAAGAGAAUGUAAAAGCAGAUGUGUUCCAUGCAUACCUUUCCCUUCUGAAGCAAACUCGUCCUGUGCAAAGCUGGCUUUGUGACCCUGAUGCAAUGGAACAGGGAGAAACACCUUUAACAAUGCUUCAGAGUCAGGUUCCCAACAUUGUUAAAGCUCUGCACAAACAGAUGAAAGAAAAAAGUGUGAAGACUCGGCAGUGUUGUUUUAACAUGCUAACUGAAUUGGUAAAUGUAUUGCCUGGGGCCCUAACACAGCACAUUCCUGUCCUUGUACCAGGAAUCAUUUUCUCACUGAAUGACAAAUCGAGCUCAUCGAAUUUGAAGAUUGAUGCUUUGUCAUGCCUAUAUGUAAUUCUCUGUAACCACUCUCCUCAAGUAUUCCAUCCUCAUGUUCAGGCUUUGGUCCCGCCAGUGGUGGCUUGUGUUGGAGAUCCAUUUUACAAGAUUACAUCUGAAGCACUUCUUGUUACACAACAGCUUGUCAAAGUAAUCCGUCCUUUAGAUCAACCUUCCUCAUUUGAGGCAACUCCUUAUAUCAAAGAUUUAUUUACUUGUACCAUUAAGCGGUUAAAAGCAGCUGACAUUGAUCAGGAAGUCAAAGAAAGGGCUAUUUCCUGUAUGGGACAGAUUAUUUGCAAUCUUGGAGACAAUUUGGGUUCUGACUUGCCUAAUACACUUCAGAUUUUCUUGGAGAGGCUAAAGAAUGAAAUUACCCGAUUAACUACAGUGAAAGCAUUGACUUUAAUUGCUGGAUCACCUUUGAAGAUAGAUUUGAGGCCUGUCCUGAGCGAAGGGGUUCCUAUCCUGGCUUCCUUUCUCAGAAAAAACCAGAGAGCUUUGAAACUGGGUACCCUUUCUGCCCUAGAUAUUCUCAUUAAAAACUAUAGUGACAGCUUGACAGCUGCCAUGAUUGAUGCAGUUCUCGAUGAGCUCCCACCGCUUAUCAGUGAAAGUGAUAUGCAUGUUUCUCAGAUGGCUAUCAGCUUUCUUACCACGCUGGCAAAGGUAUACCCUUCUUCCCUUUCAAAGAUCAGUGGAUCCAUUCUCAAUGAACUUAUUGGACUUGUGAGAUCACCUUUGUUACAGGGAGGAGCCCUUAGCGCCAUGCUAGACUUUUUCCAAGCUUUGGUUGUCACUGGAACAAAUAAUCUUGGAUAUAUGGAUUUGCUGCGCAUGCUCACAGGUCCAGUUUACUCUCAGAGUACAGCACUUACUCACAAGCAGUCUUACUAUUCCAUUGCCAAAUGUGUUGCUGCUCUUACUCGAGCAUGUCCUAAAGAGGGACCAGCUGUAGUAGGUCAGUUUAUUCAAGAUGUCAAGAAUUCAAGGUCUACAGAUUCCAUUCGUCUCUUAGCUCUGCUUUCUCUUGGAGAAGUUGGCCAUCAUAUUGACUUGAGUGGGCAGUUGGAAUUGAAAUCUGUAAUAUUAGAAGCCUUCUCAUCUCCUAGUGAAGAAGUCAAAUCAGCUGCAUCCUAUGCAUUAGGCAGCAUUAGUGUGGGCAACCUUCCUGAAUAUCUCCCAUUUGUUUUACAAGAAAUAACUAGUCAACCCAAGAGGCAGUAUCUUUUGCUUCAUUCCUUGAAGGAGAUCAUUAGCUCUGCAUCAGUGGUGGGCCUUAAACCAUAUGUUGAAAACAUCUGGGCCUUAUUACUAAAGCACUGUGAGUGUGCUGAAGAAGGAACCAGAAAUGUUGUUGCUGAAUGUCUAGGGAAACUCACUUUGAUUGAUCCAGAAACUCUCCUGCCACGACUUAAAGGUUACUUGAUAUCAGGCUCCUCGUAUGCCCGAAGCUCAGUGGUUACAGCUGUAAAGUUCACUAUUUCUGAUCAUCCACAACCUAUUGAUCCACUAUUAAAGAACUGUAUAGGUGAUUUCCUAAAAACAUUGGAGGACCCAGAUUUGAAUGUAAGAAGAGUAGCGUUGGUCACAUUCAAUUCAGCAGCCCAUAACAAGCCAUCACUAAUAAGGGAUCUUUUAGAUACAGUUCUUCCACACCUUUACAAUGAAACAAAAGUUAGAAAGGAACUUAUAAGAGAGGUAGAAAUGGGUCCGUUUAAGCACACAGUUGAUGAUGGCCUAGAUAUUAGAAAGGCAGCUUUUGAGUGUAUGUAUACACUUCUAGACAGUUGUCUUGAUAGACUAGAUAUCUUUGAAUUUCUAAAUCAUGUUGAAGAUGGCUUGAAGGACCAUUAUGAUAUUAAGAUGUUAACAUUUUUAAUGUUGGUAAGGCUCUCUACUCUUUGUCCAAGUGCAGUAUUGCAGAGGUUGGAUCGACUUGUUGAGCCAUUACGUGCCACAUGUACAACUAAGGUAAAGGCAAACUCAGUAAAGCAGGAGUUUGAAAAGCAAGAUGAACUAAAACGAUCUGCCAUGAGAGCAGUAGCAGCACUGCUAACCAUUCCAGAAGCAGAGAAGAGUCCACUGAUGAGUGAAUUCCAGUCACAAAUCAGUUCUAACCCUGAACUGGCGGCUAUCUUUGAAAGUAUCCAGAAAGAUUCAUCAUCCACUAAUUUGGAAUCAAUGGACACUAGUUAAAUGUUUAUUGAACAUGGGGACCAUUACAUUGACCAUAUGAUGCACUGAAUUGACAGGUUAAUCAUAAGUCAUGGAAAAAAGAAGUGUCUAAAGGCUUCAGAUGUUCCACUUUACCCCCUUGCCCCUCGUGGAGGCACAGUUUGGCUUUGUUCCAUUGUUGCUUUUGUAGCAUUUAUUCAAAAAUAUGUAUUUCCAUAAUCCAGAGCUUGUAAAACCACUAAUGUUUUAGUGGUUAGGACAUUUAAAAUGGAAACUAAAAUUUAAGAUUUAUGGAAUAUGGAGAUAGGGUCCAGCAUCUAUCUAUUUACCCUGUAAUGUUUAGGAUUAAAAUGUUAAAAUUUUGUGACCAUGAAUAUCUUUCUUUUAUAUUUUUUUAAUUUAAAAAUCAAACACAAAUUCCACAAGACAAGAAAACACGUUCCUUUGUUCUUCUGUAACUUUCCGUUUCAGCAGCAUAUAUUGAUUUUUAGCUGGCAGAGAAGAAUAUCCAUAUAUAUAUGAUUUACUAUAUUUCAGAGGGUUUGGUAAUUCAAUUUUUAAAAAGGUAAUAAGGUAUCAGUUUUUUAAGUAUGGGGAUUAACAAUAUUCCUGUUGCGCACACUAAUUUUGCAUGAACAAGUUUUAAAUAUAUAUUGUCUGUAAAGCAUGUGCAAAUUAUUCAUAAUACAAAGUUUAAAAGUAUUAAUGCAAUUUUCAGAUAUUUAUUUUUGCACAGAAAACACCUAUUUGGAGAGAGAAGGAAGAUUACAAUUUUGAAAUUUUGCUUUUCUUAAUGCCAGUGUGAAUUUUCAGAUAUUUUCAGCAAAUCAAGUCAUAAUAAUAGUUUGCCGCAUUUUUCUAUUAUAAAUUUUCUUACACAUUUAAGAUGUGGAUACUUAAGUACUCAGUUUUCCUUGGUUACCCAUUUGUAAUGUUUUUCGCCUAGAAAUUCUUAAGGCCAGACAUUUCUUUCAUUCUUUAGAUACUCCUUAUCUGAGGUUACAAGUACUUUAUGUGCUUUUAAAUUUCAAUUUUACUAAGUCUCUGAAGCCAGCUAUUACAGAUUUGUAAACUGACAAUUGAUGUUUGUUUUGAUUUAGAUUUCACCUACCUGCCUUGUAAAAGCUAAUUUACAUACUCUAUUUGGUAAGUGUUGACUGCUUUCCUGAUUAGGUAUCUGUGCUGAAGGCAGUCAGAGCUUUGCAGUACCAUAUAUUGUAGUUAGUAUUUUAACAUAUCUUUGAGUUAGGUCAUUUUACAGUGUAGCCUCUUCCUUCAAAUCUGUGGUGCUCCUGUAAUAGUAAAAACCAACUUCUGAAAAUAAAAGACAUCUCCUAAUCUCUUAAUGCUGUGCAAACAUAGUUUACGUGAAGGCAAGUGUUAAAUUGCGUGAAAUUGGACACUCAAAUCACAUUUGAAAACUGCACCCUUCUUUUUGAAACUGUGAAUUAGAAAUACUUUUUCUGCUGUAUUACCUGCUUUACCAUCUGAAUAGACAGUGAUUUUAAAGGUAGCAUAAAAUGGUUAGAUGAACAAUUUGUUGAUUUGAAUGUUCAAAUGAUAAUGCAUAAGACAUUGCUACCAAUCAGGCUUUUAACUAGUAGUACAUUGACCUUACCUGAAUCUAGUACCAUUUUCAAAAUGUGGCAGGUGAUAAUACAUAAAAGUGUAAUGGAAAUUUAUUUUGAGAUACUAGUAUAUUAUGUAUUCUGCAUAUAACAUGGUAUAGAUGUUGUGGAUAUAUUUACGUAUUUGGCUAUAUAGUUUUACAAUAAAUUACAAUACUUCAGGC